CUGAAAAAGGUGGUUCUAUUUUCAAACCUUUUGUUGGAGAGGCUCUUUCAAGGAUCAAUGUAGUCGUAACGCAUUUCAAAGCUCGUGAACCUGAGAAUGUAGAGGCAUAUGAUAAUGCUGUUUCUACACUUGGUAAGAUAUGCCAAUUUCAUCGGGAAAGUAUUGACUCAGCGCAGAUUAUUCCGGUUUGGCUGAAUUGCCUACCUAUAAAAGAUGACAUAUAUGAAGCCAAAGCAGUUCUAGACCAGCUUUGUUCAAUGGUUGAAAGAUCAGACACAGAACUAUUGGGUCCCAACUAUCUACACCUUCCAAAGGUUAUUUCAGUUUUCGCAGAG